AUGCAGGAUCUCAAGGCAAAGAUAGAGGGUGUGAUGCAGACCAUGAAGGGAAAAGGCAUUGCAGCCAUAGAUGGUUUGGUGCAGAAAACCAAUUUGCCAUUCAGCCCCUCGGUUAUGAAAUGCCCUUUGCCAAACAAAUUUAGAAUGCCCACAAUUGAGAGUUUCGACGGAACUAAAGAUCCCCUCGACCACUUGGAGACUUUUCAGGCGCUUAUGCACCUACACGCGAUACCGGAUGAGAUCAUGUGCAGGGCUUUCCCAACGACUCUUAAAGGAUCAUCACGGGUAUGGUUCAACAAACUAAAGCCAGGAACCAUCAAAACCUUUGAAGAAUUGAGUAAGGGCUUUGUGGGCCAUUUCAUUGCUGGCCAGAGGCAUAGAAGGCCGGCUACCCACCUCCUUACUGUGAAGCAACAGAAGGGAGAGUCACUGCGAGAUUACAUUAGUCGUUUUAACACGGAGAUGUUACAGGUGGAGGAAGCGGAUGACAAGGUGGCCCUAGCCGCCUUCAUGGGAGGACUUCAAACCUCAAGAUUUCUCUUCUCUUUAUCAGAGGAACCUCCUACCAACAUGGCCGAGUUAUUGGUUCGAGCUAAAAGACAUAUGAAUGCUGAAGAUGCAAUGAUUGCGAGAAAGGGAAAAGAAGGGGAGGAUAAGAAGUCAAACAAGAAAAGGCCGGCCCUGACGAUCAGAGAUGAAAAGGAAACCAAGUAUAAGAAACCCAUGGUCAACCAGAAUGAAAGGGCAUCUCGCUAUAAGAACACGGAGAGGUAUACAAAUUACACUCCUUUAAAUAUGCCGAUAGAUCAAGUUUUCCUACAGAUCCAGGAUGAACCAUAUCUGAAGUGGCCACCGAAGUUGAAGUCAGAUCCGGCAAGGAGACCUCGUGAUAAGUAUUGCAGGUUCCAUAAAGACCAUGGGCACGCUACAGAGGAUUGCUUCGACCUUAAGGAUCAAAUUGAGACUCUGAUCCGAAGGGGGCACAUGCGAAAAUUUAUUGUGGGGAAUGACAGAACCGACAUUAACCCACUAAGAGCAGGCCGAGAUAACCACCCUCCUGAUCAACAACCAAUAGGAGAGAUCAGGGUCAUAGCCGGGGGGUGUGCAGGAGGUGGAGAAUCGGGCUCAGCCCGUAAGGCCUAUACAAGGAGAAUGCGAAGCUCAUCUGAGGUGUGCGAAGUGGGAGUACAGAUUCAACAUCGAAAGAUGCCUCGUUUAGGUGAUCCAGUUAUUACAUUCUCAGAUGAAGACAUGAAAGAUGUGCAGCAACCUCAUGACGACCCUCUUGUCGUCACCAUGAUGAUCGCUAACUAUAAUACUCGGCGAAUCUUGGUAGAUAAUAGAAGUUCAGCUGAUAUCAUUUUUCUUGAUGCAUUCAGCAAGAUGAAGAUUGGUAAGGAGAAACUCAGACCUACCAGAUCACCAUUGGUGGGAUUCACGGGAGACAAAGUCUAUCCUCUAGGAGCAGUCAUCCUUCCUGUCACUGCAGGAACCAGCCCAAAACAAGUCACUGUCAUGGUCGACUUCCUGGUGGUGGAUUGUCCAUCUGCUUACAAUGUCAUCCUAGGAAGAGCGACCUUAAAUUCGAUGAGGGCUAUCACUUCGACUUAUCACCUAUUAAUGCGCUUCCCUACCGAGCAUGGCGUGGGCGAACUAAGAGGAGAUCAGUCCAUUGCCAGAGAAUGCUACGUUGCCUCUCUCAAAGAAAAGAGACAGCAGGAGGCUUUGAUUGUCGAUGAAGUUGAAGAGAAUGAGCAAGACCGGGCUAAGCCAAUCGAGGACUUGGUGGAGAUAUGCUUGAAUGACACUGACAUAACAAAAAAGGUGAAGAUAGGGUCUCUACUCCCCUCAGAUUUCACAAAUAUUCUUAUACAGUUCCUCAGACAGAAUCAAGAUGUAUUCGCUUGGUCACAUGAAGACAUGCCCGGUAUUAAUCCAACUACGAUUGAGCAUCGAUUAAACACAGAUCCUACAUUCAAACCUAUCAGGCAAAAACGAAGAACAUUUGCCGCGGAAAGGAACAUGGCUAUAUCAGAAGAGGUGAAUAAGCUUAUGAAAGCUGAUUUCAUCCAGGAGGUUCAUUAUCCCAACUGGUUGGCCAAUGUUGUUUUGGUAAAAAAGGCCAAUGGAAAAUGGAGGUUGUGUGUAGACUUUACAGAUUUAAAUAAGGCGUGCCCCAAAGACAGUUUCCCUUUGCCAAGAAUUGAUAUGUUGGUAGAAAGGACAGCUGGCCAUGAGCUGCUCAGUUUUAUGGAUGCAUACUCAGGGUAUAACCAAAUCUCAAUGCACACGCCAGACAGAGAUAAAACCUCUUUCAUCACGGACAGAGGUUUAUAUUGCUAUAAGGUGAUGCCUUUUGGGCUAAAAAAUGCUGGUGCAACAUAUCAGCGGCUAAUAAACCUGAUUGUUAAGGACCAAAUCGGAAGGAAUAUGGAAGUGUAUGUGGAUGACAUGCUGGUAAAAAGCUUGAAAGCUCAAGACCAUCUGGUUGAUCUACAGGAAACGUUCCAAGUCCUCAGGAAACACCAGAUGAAGCUCAACCCAAGUAAAUGUGCCUUCGGAGUCUCCUCUGGGAAAUUCCUCGGUUACAUGGUAAGUAGAAGAGGGAUAGAAGCUAACCCUGAGAAGGUCCAGGCGAUUCUCAACAUGCAGUCUCCAGCAUCGACCAAGGAACUUCAAAGAUUGACAGGAAGGAUCGCAGCUCUGAACAGGUUGAUUUCUAGGGCGACCGAUAGGUGUUUGCCUUUUUUCCGUGUGCUCAGGAAAGCUUUUUCAUGGACCCCUGAGUGCGAGCAAGCUUUUACAGAGCUAAAGGAGUAUCUCACUUCACCACCAUUAUUGUCGCGGGCGAUGCAAGGAGAACAGUUGUAUUUAUACUUGGCAGUUUCUCCGUCGGCAGUAAGCUCAGCCUUGGUCCGUGAAGAGGAUGGAAACCAGAAACCGGUAUAUUAUAUUAGUCGUGCAUUCAGGGGGGCGGAAGAAAGGUACCCAAGGAUAGAAAAGUUGGCAUUUGCUCUAGUUAUCUCCGCGAGGAAACUCAGGCCUUACUUCCAAGCUCAUAUAAUAAUAGUAUUGACGGACCAACCACUUAGGCAGGUUCUCCGCAAACCUGAUACUUCAGGGCGACUCAUGAAGUGGUCGGUAGAACUUGGAGAGUUCGAUAUCCAAUACAAACCCCGAACGGCCUUAAAAACCCAGGUACUAGCAGAUGUUAUAGCGGAAUUCACACCAGAAGAUGGGCUCGAGCAUGCUGCAGAUAAGCAGGAAGAAGCCAAAUCUACUUGGACGUUAUAUGUGGAUAGGUCUGUCAACGCCCGUGCAAGUGGGGCAGGGCUAGUAAUUAUCUCCCCAAAUGGGGAAUGCAUCAAAUAUGCACUUAGGUUUGGUUUUAAAGCAACCAAUAAUGAGGCAGAGUAUGAAGCCCUCCUAGCAGGCCUCAGGAUGGCGAAAGCUUUGGAAGUUGAACGACUAGUAGCAUAUACUGACUCUCAACUAAUAACUGGACAAGUCCAGGGGGAAUAUGAAGCCAAGGAUGAGAAGAUGAAGACCUAUUUACAUAAGAUAGAGGAUAUCAAGGGUUUUUUUAAGAAGUUUUCUAUUCACCGGAUUCCCCGAGAAGAGAAUGCGCAGGCAGACGCCCUGGCUCGACUGGCAACCACAGAGGAAGAUAAAGCCAUACCCGUGGGAUAUUUGGAUGAGCCUAGCACGGUCUGGGAUUGGCCACAGAAAAUACACCAGGUGGCCCAUGGCAUGGAGUGGGCAGAACCCAUUAUCAGGUACAUUAAGAACGAAGAGCUACCCCAGGACUGCAUGGAAGCACGAAAGAUUAGGAUGCGUACGGUAAAAUAUUCCCUCGUUGAUGGGGUUCUCUACAAGAAGGGAUUUUCUCUACCCUACUUGCGUUGUGUCUCCAUUGAUGAGGCAAAUUACAUUCUAAAGGACAUACAUGAAGGCCUUUGUGGAAAUCAUGCUGGGGGCAGAUCACUAGCGCAUAAAGCUAUCCGACAAGGAUACUUUUGGCCUACAAUGAAGACAGAUGCACUUGAAUUUGUGAAGAAAUGUGACAAGUACCUCAUCGGCCCCUUACCCCAAGGGAAGGGACAAACUAAAUACGUAAUUGUGGUUAUCGAUUAUUUCACCAAAUGGGUAGAAGCUGAGCCAUUAGCUCAUAUUGGAGCGAAUGAAGUAAAAAAGUUUUUCUGGAAGACAAUAAUCUGCAGGUUCGGAGCACCAAGGGUAAUUGUGACCGAUAAUGGGAAGCAGUUUGAAAGUGAACAGUUCCUCGAUUUUUGUAAUGAACUUGGGAUCAAAGUUCAUUUCUCCUCUCCUACCCAUCCCCAAGCCAAUGGGCAAGUUGAAGUCACGAAUAGGACAAUAUUGAAGAUGAUCAAGACGCGCCUAGAAAAGGCCAAGGGCUUGUGGCCUGAACAACUACCCGGAGUUUUAUGGACCUAUUGCACUACCAUAAGAACCCCUACUGGGGAGACCCCUUUUAGGUUAGCUUUUGGAAGUGAAGCUGUGAUCCCGAUAGAAACAAAGGUUGCUACCUUCAAAACCAAGUAUUUUGAACCUCAACAGAACGGGGUGGAACUACAAUUAAACCUAGACCUGGUAGAAGAGAAAAGGGAGCAGGCCCAGGUCAAGGUUGCGGCUUACCAGCGGAUGAUAUCCAAGUACUACAAUGCCCGAGUCAAGCCAAGGAGGUUCGAGCCAAGAGACCUGGUGCUUCGCGAGGUUACCCCGGCUACUAAGGAAAAGGGGGAAGGAAAGUUAGCUCCCAAUUGGGAGGGCCCUUAUCGAGUAACCAAAAGCAACAGACCGGGGGCAUACUGGUUAGAGUCACUUGGUGGGAGCCAGCUUCCCCACCCAUGGAAUGCAGAACAUUUGAGGAAAUAUUACCAGUAG